UUUUGUAAAAUCGAACACUGCGGAACACAGGUUUCUUUUAAUCUUUUUGAGAAAUUUCCAACGUUUUCGUUCCCUCUUCAUCGCGAAUUGUAAAUUUAACAACUUAGUAAUCGAGGUUUAUUUUGAAUCUGAAAGAUUGUCCUAGCGUUCAGCAAAAAUUAGCAGUUUUUUCGUGUUGAUCUCAACGACGAUCCAGUCGUAAAUCGAACACAUCGAAAAUGAGCGAUUCUGAGAAAAGCAGCGGUGACGAAAAGUCCAAACCCACCAAGAAGCCCGUCUCCGAUAGCGAGGAGGAGGACAUCACCCCGAAGAAGAAGAAAGCCUUUAACAACGACAGCGACGCUUCGGACGAAGACGUCAAACCAAAGAAGUCCACCGCUCAAAAAUCCGCCAAGAAGAUGGAGACCUCCUCCAGCGACGACGAACUGGACGAUCCCAAGCCGAAGAAGAAAGCCAAACAGGCCAGCUCCGACGACGAAGUGGAGGAGAAGCCCAAGAAGAAAGCCAAGAAGGAGGAACCCAAAUCCGGAUCCAAAUCCGCCAAGAAACGCGCGGCGACCCCGGAGUCCGAGGAAGAUGAGUCCAAAUUCGAUCUAGGAAACAAUCGUUUCCUGUCGACGGAUGAGUUCCGCGGGAAGACGCUGGUCAACAUCCGCGAAUUCUACAUGGACGCCAAGAGCGGGGAGAUGCGGCCCGGGAAGAAAGGGAUCUCCCUGUCGGUGGAGCAGUGGAAGAAGCUGAACAAGUUCGCGCCCAAGAUGAACAAGAUGUUGGGGAUUUAGGACGGAUCGCACAGUGCAUUCCUCUUCAGCCGAGGUUCGUUCUCAUUGACUCGUAUUAUUCUGUUAUCUCUCUUUAUCUCCAUGAUGUACAUGCUACAGUGCGAUGAAAUUAUUUUGUAUUGGCUUUUGUUGUUGAAUAUUUUUCGCCUUGGACGGGUUUUCUCAAUGGUAAACUGUUUAUCACCAAAACUGAACGAUGUUUUUCGAUGUUAGUAGUAUUUUGUGGUUUACUGCGACGUUACAGUUCUUCUAAUGUCCCAUAAAAUUCCUUGAAUGUCUCUCGUCUCUGGAAAAUACAGUAAUUUUCGUUGAUAGCGCAGGUGAUAGUC